GCCAACCGCGCGGGCGUCGCUUGGGCCGUCGCAUCCCCGCGGGUCGCGUCGCCGGGCCCGGGCCCCCUCCUCGCCGGCCGCGCCGGAGGCUCGUGUGCGCUCCCGCCGCCCGCCGCCCGCCGCCCGCCGCGGGCCGGGCCGCCUGCAUCAUGUGCGGUAUAUUUGCAUACUUAAACUACCAUGUUCCUCGCACAAGACGAGAAAUCUUGGAGACCCUAAUCAAAGGCCUUCAGAGACUGGAGUACAGAGGAUAUGAUUCUGCUGGUGUGGGAGUUGAUGGAGGCAAUGACAAGGACUGGGAAGCCAAUGCCUGCAAGAUCCAGCUCAUUAAGAAGAAAGGGAAAGUUAAGGCACUGGAUGAAGAAGUUCACAAGCAACAAGAUAUGGAUUUGGAUAUAGAAUUUGACGUACACCUUGGAAUAGCUCAUACCCGUUGGGCGACACAUGGAGAACCCAAUCCUGUCAAUAGCCAUCCCCAGCGCUCUGAUAAAAAUAACGAGUUUAUUGUUAUUCACAAUGGAAUUAUCACCAACUACAAAGACUUGAAAAAGUUUUUGGAAAGCAAAGGCUAUGACUUUGAAUCUGAAACAGACACAGAGACAAUUGCCAAGCUUGUUAAGUACAUGUAUGACAAUCGGGAAAGUCAAGAUAUCAGCUUCACUACCUUGGUGGAGAGAGUUAUCCAGCAAUUGGAAGGUGCUUUUGCACUGGUAUUUAAAAGUGUUCAUUUUCCUGGCCAAGCAGUUGGCACAAGACGAGGCAGCCCUCUUUUGAUUGGUGUACGAAGUGAACAUAAACUCUCUACUGAUCACAUUCCGAUACUCUACAGAACAGCUAGGACUCAGAUUGGAUCAAAAUUCACACGGUGGGGAUCACAGGGAGAAAGAGGCAAGGACAAGAAAGGAAGCUGCAAUCUCUCUCGUGUGGACAGCACAACUUGCCUUUUCCCUGUUGAAGAAAAGGCAGUGGAGUAUUACUUUGCUUCUGAUGCAAGUGCUGUCAUAGAACAUACCAAUCGUGUCAUCUUUCUUGAAGACGAUGAUGUUGCAGCGGUGGUGGAUGGCCGUCUUUCUAUCCAUCGAAUUAAACGAACCGCAGGAGAUCACCCUGGACGAGCUGUGCAAACCCUCCAGAUGGAACUCCAGCAGAUCAUGAAGGGCAACUUCAGCUCAUUUAUGCAGAAGGAAAUUUUUGAGCAGCCUGAGUCCGUUGUGAACACGAUGAGAGGAAGAGUCAACUUUGAUGACUACACUGUGAAUUUGGGCGGCUUGAAGGAUCACAUUAAGGAGAUCCAGAGGUGUCGGCGUCUCAUUCUUAUUGCCUGUGGGACAAGUUAUCACGCUGGUGUAGCAACACGUCAAGUUCUCGAAGAGCUGACUGAGUUGCCUGUUAUGGUGGAGCUUGCCAGUGAUUUCCUGGAUAGAAACACACCAGUUUUUCGAGAUGAUGUUUGCUUUUUCAUUAGUCAGUCAGGUGAGACCGCAGACACCCUGAUGGGUCUUCGGUACUGCAAGGAGAGAGGAGCCUUAACUGUGGGGAUCACAAACACGGUGGGCAGCUCCAUAUCCAGGGAGACAGACUGUGGGGUUCACAUUAAUGCCGGGCCCGAGAUCGGCGUGGCCAGCACGAAGGCUUAUACCAGCCAGUUUGUUUCCCUUGUCAUGUUUGCCCUCAUGAUGUGUGAUGACAGGAUCUCCAUGCAAGAGAGACGCAAAGAGAUCAUGCUUGGACUGAAGCGGCUGCCCGAUUUGAUUAAGGAAGUACUGAGCAUGGAUGAUGAAAUUCAGAAACUGGCAACAGAACUGUACCAUCAGAAGUCAGUGUUGAUCAUGGGGCGUGGCUAUCAUUAUGCCACUUGCCUUGAAGGGGCCCUAAAAAUCAAAGAAAUCACUUACAUGCACUCUGAAGGCAUCCUUGCUGGUGAAUUGAAACAUGGCCCUCUGGCUUUGGUGGAUAAGUUGAUGCCUGUCAUCAUGAUCAUCAUGAGAGAUCACACGUAUGCCAAGUGUCAGAAUGCUCUUCAGCAGGUGGUGGCCAGGCAGGGACGCCCAGUGGUGAUUUGUGAUAAGGAAGAUACCGAGACCAUUAAGAACACAAACAGAACAAUCAAGGUGCCCCACUCAGUGGACUGCUUGCAGGGCAUUCUCAGUGUGAUCCCCUUACAGUUGCUGGCUUUCCACCUGGCUGUGCUGAGGGGCUAUGACGUUGAUUUUCCCCGGAAUCUUGCCAAAUCUGUAACUGUAGAAUAAGGAGCAUCUGCAACUCUGGGCGAUUGAGCAACACAAGACACCUUUUGUAUUUAACACCUUGAUUUAAAAUAUCACCCUUUGAAGCCUUUUUUAGUAAAUCCUUAUUUAUAUAUCGGUUAUAAUUAUUCCACUCAAUUUGUGAUUUUUGUGAAAUUACCUCAUAUUUUUUCAGUAAUUUGUGGGGGAGUUUAAAUAAUGGAAUUUAUAUUGGAAUCAUUGUCACCAAGAGAUUUAACUCUCAUUUUCUUUAAAGGAUGCUGGGUGUUGGAUUUCCAGGCCCUCCACUUCAAUCUGGGAGGAUUAUAUGUUUUUAGAAUAAUUGGCCUUUGUUUUACCAUGUUUCUAUUCUUUCAGCCCAAAGAAAAUCUAGUACAUUUAAUUGGAAUAUCUAAAGCCAGUGGCAAUGUAUGCUAAUGCUUGGACAUUUAAUUAAGGUUUUGUUAAAUUUACAUAUAACUAGAAGAUGCUAUGAUUUGUUUUGAAAUUUGUUUGUGUUUGUUUUUAAAAUCACACUGUAGAACUUAAAAACUGAAAGCUUUUCGUGGUGGGAUUUCUAUGUAAGUUAGGUUAACCCGAGUGUCUCAGACCUGUUGCUGGUUAUCUGGAGGUCGAGUUAACGUAGGAAGCUAGAAUAUGGUAGUACAUUGGUUUUCUCCAUUCUUAACAGCAAAUAUUUGCACAAUUUCGUAGCACAAACUUUAAAUUUGAGCUGCUUUGGACGACUGACCACAUGAUUUUCCUUGUGAAGAUGGGGGACCUCCAGGUGGGGUGUCCUACUCCUAGUUUUUUCAUCUUCUAAAACUGUUUAUUUCCUUGCGUCUAUCGUUUUUAUUUUUCAUGUUUUUUUUCUUAAAAUGACUUGUUCUUCGAAAUCACCACACAAAGUUGCUAUCAGAUGUCUGAGAGUAAAUCAGUACUGGUAUAUGCCAAAAUCUCCUGUAGUGAAUUUCCUGUAGUGAAUUUUAACUUUUUACUGCCUUGUUGCAUAAAACUAGUACCAUCGUGCCGGUUGGAAGUUCUUUGUAGUUUGGAAGGUUUGCAAGUCUUUUGACUAAUCGUUUGACUAUAAGUGUAUAUGCUGGGCUAGGUUAGAGAAAGCCGUGCUUUACCCUGAUGCUAGUGAAGGAUUGCAUCAAACAUAGUAUUACUUCCUAGGUGUUCUCUGUUGUCUGUGUUCUACCCUGAAAUAUAUUUAGGAAUGAAGAAGAUAAAAAUAAAGUGAUAUCAAGGUGCCUUCAGCUGGCUUACGUCAGAAAUGGAAAUUAACAACUUAGAUUAAAAUAGAGUAGAAUAUUAGACACCCAACGUGUUGUGAGUAAUCAUUUUUUUAUGGGGCUUUUUGGCCAAAUCUUGGGGGCUAUAGGGCAGUGUGUUGUGUCUUGGUGAAGUCUUUCUAAAGUUCUCACUUUUAAAUUGUGAAGGUAAGAUAUUUAGCAUAAUUAUUUAAGUAAAUUCAGGCUUUUUCUUUUUUCUGUGUUUGAAUUUCUUGGUGAGGUUAAGAUUUUCUAAUGGCUGUUGCUACAAGGGGAGCCCAGAUUCUGCUUGUGUAUUAGGUCUAGAAAAAUACCUUGCAUAUUUUGAGGUAGUUUGGAAGGACUGUCCUAGACAGAGACUAGAAACCUGAUUGUUUUUAAAAAUAAGGUAAGAUUAUUAUUUACAUCAUAUACAUAGCUACGAUAGCUGUAUUUACCUAUUUUAAUUGUUUCUGAGAUUAUUUUGUUUAGGCCUGCUAGUUUUAGUAUGUGUAGAGUGUCAUUUUUUAUGUUUGUUAAAUUGGCAUUUUGUGUCUGUGAUUUGUAUGGGUUUAUAGGGUUUCUUAACGGUCUGAAGUUUGGGUCAGCAUUCUAAGUGAGCAAAUAUUUGAGAUCAAUCAUUAGUUUUCAAUUUCUCUAUUUUUCCUCUUCCUCUAUGUCUGUCUUUCACACACAGACGCACAUUUCAAGCUAGGAUACGUUCUGAACUGGAUUUCAAAAGCUGAUACUAAAGAACCAAGAAGUGAUAUUUUCCAAAUGAACAGUUUCUCCUUCUUGUCCCUUCUUGCUUCUUACUUUAUUUAAUGUAGUGAUUUUUAAAUGCUUUUAUGUAUUAAUUAUGAAUGCAGAAAAGGUAGUGUAAUGAGGCAUAUCACUAAUGAGUGUGCCUGCCGCCCAGUUAAAACCAAUGUGAAACAGGAUAAGAAAAAUCUGAUUUUUCAAGAAGGAUAUGCUACAAAAGGAGUCCUUUAUAUGAAAAGUUCUUUCUUGUAGUACAUUUAAAGUUUAGAUUCACUCAUAUGUGACUUAGCGUUCCUGACCUCCGCCACGAGCCCUUUCAGGCUGGGGUCAUGUGUAGCAGCUCACACAUGGCCCCGUAGAUGAUGGUUACUUUGCAGUCAGUCCGCUUUUCUGUCUUUUUUUUUUUUUUUUAAAUUACCUGUGCUGUAGGAGCGAAGGAGAAGAGAUAAAUUAACAUGAGCCGUUUUUAGUGUGCUGUCAUUGUGUCAGCAUCCUCUUAUGGGCAAGUCCCUGUGCCCGGAACCGGAAAGGACAUCUUGUUGAAAGCAACGUCUGCUUGUCCCGAGGCCGACCUCUCUCUGGUGAAGACAAGGACCUGGCAAGGCCCAGGGUGAGGGCGUAGAAUGGAGGCGAGCUGGGUGUUAAGGAAUGCUCCGCGUUCAGGGGUGCAUCAUGUUCACAGGAGCUACAAAGUGCAUUUUGUAGAGCGAGCUGUUGCUGCGGGCUGCGGAGACCGUGUUUCCGGGUGUGCUAAGGAAGGGCGAAGGCGAGGUGCACGAGUGAUCAACGAGCCCUGGUCCUGCGUGGGGAGCGGACACGCGGCGUGCCGGUGGGGCUGGCGGUUGUUUCCAAGAUGAUACUGUCUUAUCCUUCUGAAUACAGCUCUCUUGGCCUGAGCUAAUCAUGAGGAUGAGAAGAAGGAAAAGGAGCCCCCCCCUUUCUUUUAGCUCCUUAGUAGUGUUUAUUUGGCACUUAACUUAUAUUGUCGUCAAAGAAGGAAGACCAGCUGAAAUGUCGGCUUUAACAAACAUAUUUUAGGAAGUCCUUUGGAGUCAGUGUUUUAUCUGUUUAAAAAAUUAGGAUCUAUUACAGCAAUAAAAGGGAAAGACUGAUGUUAACUAUCCUAUGUGACAAGUUAAGUGAUUUUUCUAAAAAAGCACAAUGUCCUUGGAAAAGUGUUUGUAGAAGAAGAAAGCAUAGCUCACAUGGAAUUUGUGAAGGCCAAAGAAGUGGAAGGGCUGACAGAGGAAGGUAUCUGAGCCUUCUGUCCACAGAUUUAGUGGGUUUUGUCUCCCAGACUACCAGAUAUGUCUUGACGAAACAUGCUUCAGAUGACUUCCCUUGUUCUUCGUGUUAGAAUCCUAAGUUUAGGAGAAUUAACACAUCAGCUUGUUCUCACAAUAUUUAAGGAUUAUUAAUAUAUCAGUAUUUCUCCAGCUUGAUGAGCUUAACCAUAUCUUCAGAUCUAUGGCAUGACAACCAGUAGGACUGCUUAACAUUCACUUUGAACCAAGAGCUUCCAGGGUUAAAAUGAAAAUCGUAGUUGACCAGCAAGAUUGUAAAGUGACGCUGUAUUAACCUGUAAGUCUGUGAUAGCUUGAUAUCAAUGUUACGGAAUCUGCCAUAAUAUUGGCUAAUGCGAACGUUUUAGGAAAUUCUUGAAUUAACUUUCUUAAGGUACUCAGAAUGAAUAUAGAAGUGAUCCUGUUAGCUUUUUAAAUGUUCUGUGGUUGACUUUUUGGUUGGUUGUUUUUUUCUGUCUUUUGUUUUUUGCUUUUGCUCAAAUAAAGCUUUUGGAAUUUGUUUAAAUUACCCUGCUUGUGAGUUCGAGAUUUUAGAAUCUUGCUUUGUUUCAGUUUCCUGUUCUUUAAGAUAAAUAUUUAGUUUACUGAGGCAUUUGGUCAUUUCUUCCUUACGUCUUGUAAGUCCAACAACUCUAACCUUGAACUGUGAAUAAAUUACCAAAACUUACUGAGAAUUGCAUUCUGAAGCAAUUUGCCAAUAUUUGAAGUGUAUACCUGUUUGUGGAUGUGUUAAGGAUUGUAUUGCACUAGGAAUGUAGCCAGUGUUUAGUUGUUAGUCAACUUUUCUGACGCUAGAAGUUAAUUCAUUACUGUUGCUUUUUGAAAGAAGAGAUGAUUGCAUAAAUAGAAUCCAAAGCUCCAUGGCCGCACUCCAACUUACCAGUUGUUUCAGAAACGAUCACCAGAUGAAACAAAGGCUCUACUCUUUUCUGAUGUCAUACUCCAUAGAUGUUAUGGCUUCUCAAGUCUUUUGCAAUUUUUUUUGGGAAAAUAUGUUGUUUCUAGCAAGCUUCUAGUGUAGACAGUGAUCAGCAACUUUGCGCAAGUGAAUUAAUAGUUGCAAAAGAAGGAUAUUUAAGGUGGCUAAGUGGCAAGGCAGCAUGUACCCUGAAUCUAAAGUUUCUGUAGUAUCUGGCAAUCUUUUAAUUGCAGAACAAAGAUUCCUUUUACAGGAUCCUUUCACAAACAGCAAGCAAAAGUCUCCAUCCCUGGUGCUUACAGCGCGCACUGUGUUCUGCGGGGACAGAGUUAUGCCCGGGUGGUUUGAAUGAAUAGCUGUGCUGUUUUGCCAAUUCCCGUUGAACUGAGCCCAGCCUCUCAUCUCUGUCUCUGUGUUGCUCUGCAGCAAAGCCUGGGGCUGCCACACAGCACGGAUCAUUUUUUCUACGAGCUGCAUUUUGGCAUAAAAUCCGGCUUUACUUUUAUUAAACUGUUAUCUUUAAAUUCUCCUUAAUUGGCCGUAAGUAUUUACUGAGUACUUACUAAAGGCCAAGAAAUGAUUUCCCUAGAAAUUUAGAGGCCAGUUUUUCAUUGGAGUAACAUUUAAGAAAAAAAUUCUUUAACUUUUUUUUGUGUGAGGAAAACGAAGUGUAAGGGUGAGGUUUUUCUUGUUAAUCUGAAAGUAAAUAGUUCUCCUUCAUUUUAAAAAAUGAUGUAGGAACUUUAUUAGCUUAAACAUCCUGGAGCAAUACACUAAUCUUGUAAUAAUAUAUGGACAGGUUGCCAGGUUACAGGCUAAUUAACCAGCUGAUUCCCUUCCCUGGAAGUAUGUGGGUAUUAAGAUAAACUUAUUAUUCUCUUUUUGGUUAGCAUUUGUACAAGAGAUUAUUUUCCAGAUUGAAAGGCCAUGUUUUUGCACUUCAUAUUAACAUGAUUCAUUGGUUCAAAUUCCAAGGUUUCACAUACAUGUUUUGUCUUACACGUUUCUCCUAAUGCUGUUAUGUAGCCAUGUUUUCCCUUUCAUAUUUCAAGAGAUUUUUGAAAGUGAAGUAUGGAUGUGCAGUUGAGAAUAAAAUGAAUAAAAAUUGGAGCUUGUCACCAUUAGAGAAAUA